AAUAUCGUCAGCACUACAGGAGCAGGUCUUGGAUGUAACAACUAUAUUCAGUUUGUUUUCAUUAAGCUCCCACUUUCACGACUAUGUGGACACCACACCGUUACUUCGUGGUACUUGUGACUUUUAUCAAACUGUCUCCGCUCCGUCACACGGUUUUUGUUUUCACUGUGGUUGUAGUGAAUCCGUUUGUGUUUGGUCGAGUUUGAGCUGCGGUUCCUCUACCCAGGAUGGACGUUCAUUCUGCUGCUGCUGCUACAGCGUCAUUAUGACCCUGCCUCUGACUCACCCCUGCAUGCUGCACGGUGCAAGUUGUCAACAGAUCAACUGAUAAGGUUUGGAGAGCGCUGCUGCUGCUGCUGCUCCUGGGAGCUGUUCAGGACUGCUUGACACGUGAGGGACUCUCGUGGACGCUUACAUCCAAAGAAAAUUCAUCCGUGUAGAGAGAAAAUAUCCCGGAGAUUUUUUUUUUCAUAUGCAAGUCAGAUUUUCUCUUUGAACUCAUAGAUAACUAUGUAAUGAGAUUUUUCUGUCCUGCAGCAUUUAUUCUGAAUGGAAUACACCUCCGCAUGACUUUCACCAUGUGAUGUUUGCCGUUUCUCAUCCCUCGCAGAUUGUUUUAUUACCAGCAUAUCCACACCUUAAGGAGAAGUGGGUGUUUUGGAGUGUAUUUUUGUCCCCUUCACUUUCCUGCAGGACCUGUGACGCGCGCAGAUUUGGUUUUACGCGCAGCUGGUCAGCAUUUGACGUUUACUCUACAAGCAAAACAUUGAUGAUGGGAGUAAAUAAAAGAGCCAGAGGGCUUAAGGAGUCCCAGAUCCAGAAUGUCUCUGGCAGCCAGGGCCAGGUACGGCCCCGUUAAUAACCGCGCACCAUAAGCAUGCCCCCCUGGUCCAAUCAGUCGCAGUGCCUCUCCCGUAACUGUACCUGGGAGGAGACCCACAACGCCACAGCGGACGAAGACCUCGGCUUUCCCCCUCUUAACUACUACUCCAUCCCUCUCCUCACAGCCAUCACCGUCGCCUGCACGCUGCUCUUCCUGGUCGGGGUUGCUGGGAAUGUCAUGACUAUUUUGGUAGUGAGUAAGUACCGGGACAUGCGGACAACCACCAAUCUGUACCUGUGCAGCAUGGCCGUGUCAGACCUGCUCAUCUUUCUCUGCAUGCCUCUGGACCUGUACCGGAUGUGGAGAUACAGACCCUGGCGUUUUGGAGACGCGCUCUGCAAGCUUUUCCAGUUUGUGUCAGAGUCAUGCACCUACUCAACCAUCCUCAGCAUAACCGCGCUGUCUGUAGAGCGCUACCUGGCCAUCUGUUUCCCUCUGCGCGCAAAGGCCGUGGUGACUAAAAGGCGCGUACGUGGACUCAUUCUCCUCCUCUGGACAGUGUCUCUUGUGAGUGCGGGGCCUGUGUUUGUCAUGGUGGGAGUGGAACGAGACAGUAUGCUCCCACCAAAUUACAGUUCAGGGAUGAAUGAGACUGAGUUCCCCCUGGAGGACGAGGACACUCGGGAGUGUAAGAUGACGCAUUACGCAGUGGAGUCAGGCCUGAUGGGAGCCAUGGUGUGGUUGAGCUCGGUUUUCUUCUUCAUGCCGGUGUUCUGCCUCACUGUGCUCUACAGUCUGAUAGGUCGCAGGUUGUGGCAGAGACACAGAGAGACGAACAUCAACUCGCGAGUGGCUCACCGAGAUAAGAGCAACAGACAGACCAUCAAGAUGCUGGGUGAGUUUGGAGAGUGCGUAAAUUACGCACACGCAUCUGUGAAAAUAACAGGAAUAAACAUCUGUCUUUCAAUGCUUUUUAAAGUCUAAACUUCCUCUCUCUCUCUACCUCUCUCCAUCUCUUCAUCUUCCUCCUUUAGUGGUGGUGGUUCUGGCCUUUGUCCUCUGCUGGUUGCCAUUCCACGUGGGACGCUACCUGCAGUUCCGCUCUCUGGACGCCCCGUCACCUCUACUGAGCGUGUUGUCCGAGUACUGCAGCUUUGUGUCCGUGGUUCUCUUCUACCUGAGUGCCGCCAUCAACCCCAUCCUCUACAACACCAUGUCCUGGAAAUACAGGGGCGCAGCUGCGCGUCUCUUCGGCCUCACCGAUGGACAACCUCCACGAGGACGCACAGCCAGCACUGUGAAGGGAGACGGCCUGAGUGGAUGGACGGAGUCCACGGUGAGCUUCUGAACAUUUGACUGUGAAAACAGCAGAACGUGAUGCGCAACAAGCUGUUCCACGCGUGUGACACGAACGUGAGAGCGCUUCUCUCCGAGUACCUGUGCAAAAGUCUCCUUACUCUCUGUCAACAACAUGCAUCGAAAGAACUUUGUGUUUUUAUCUCACAAAUUUCUUGUUGGAUUAUUUCAGGAAGUGCCAUUCACCGUUCAACCUCAGAUAAGAGCGACCAUUAAUGAAAAAACACACACACAAGCCUCCUGAGACGGUGUUGUUGACCAAAACGACUAAAAAAACGUUUUAAAAAAAUCAGGAAAACAGGGCUGCUCACGCUCGUAAACACGCACACACACGCAUAUUCGUUAAAAUCUAAGUCGUGAACACUUGCCUUAUACUGUAUUCUGGAUGACAAAGAAAGCACUGUAGAGCUUGUGGCACUUCUCUGUACUCUUUUAGAGAGAAGCAGAGGGGCAGUAUGUGUGUGAGUCUGCAUGAGUGAGUUUGAUAUGUUUUAUGUGUGUGUGUGUGUGUGUGUGUGUGUGUGUGUGUGUGUGUGUGUGUGUGUGAGAGUGCAUGGUGGUAAAAAGUGUAUGUUCCCAUGGUUUUGGAGAGUGUGAGGUUGUUAAAGUACUGCGUAACUGUUGUCAAAUGCUCAAUGCCCUGUAUCUUGGAGACGUAAGUCCAUGCUUUAUUGAUGCUGCCAAAAAGGACCAGUUGGAGUUGGGUUGGUGAGACAUGUAUGAGAAUGCAAAUAUUUAGAAAUUAUACGUCACUGUUCCUUUAAUUUUUUUAAGUGGAUCUAAAUUAAUCAAGUUGAAAAAAUACUGAAUGUUUUUGAAAAGUUUCAGAAGUAAACCAAAAUGUUUAGCGUUCACAUAGACAGUUUGCAAUACAGACCAAAUGAGCUAAUUGGUAUUGUGCAAAUGAACAUAACGGCGGUCACGGAUGCCUCAGUUUUCACAGUCCAGUGCCUUGUGCACCAUUACAGCAUUGUUGAUUUCAGCCCACUCAGGUUCAUGAAUGUCUGAAAAACAGGACUUUCUCUUUCGUCGCAGAAUGUGCUUAAAUCUAAUCAUACAAAAUAUGUAAAAGGAGUUUGUGUUCAUUUUGGCGACCCCUGUGGACAGUCAAGUGUGUCAAUUUUUGGGGGUAUUUAAUGUGUAAAAUGUAAAAAGGGCUUUUCUGUUGUGGUCCCAUUACAUUGAACUUCUUGUACCAAUUUCAAGCUUUAAAAAUGACGGUAUGAAAACCGUCAGUCUUGUUUGCUUUAAUUCAUCAUAAAAAGGCAUCAACAAGAAAUUCUCUUCUAUCUUUGAAAUGUCAAAAAACUCCUCACAGGACCUUUCCCAUUCUGCCAUACAUCUUAUUUGAAUAGAUGUUACGCAUAGCCACAUAGAGAACUUUGGUCAAAUAUGAAAAAAUUACAAACCUGUGAAAUUUCAUCCAAUGUACUUAGUAAAAAGACAUUUACAUUUUAUCCCCGUUCAUUGGUCCAAAUCAAAAACACACAAUUACGCCCUUAAUUAUUCACUCAUCUUGCUCAUUUAUAGGACAUGUCGACUUUGCUUGGCUGUUUUCCUGUGUCACGCUGCAGUGCAUGAAGGUACAACUGCUGAAACAUCAAGCUGUGCUUAAGUGUGCCAACCUUCACGAAACCCCACAUCCUAACUUUACAAGCCAUUACUUUACAUGUGCAAAACAAUGCAACAGACGGACAAAAACAACUGUAUUGAGUUUUAUUAAGUGUCUAAUGUAUGUUCUUGGACAGAGGGAUCAUAUUUUAAUUGAUGAUGUUUUGCUGCUUUAACUUGUAAAUAGAUGCUUUGUAAUGCUCAACAAUCAACGCCAUUAACUCAGAUGGUUAAAGACAUAUAAAGCAGCCUCUACUGGAGACCAGCUGAACACACGGCCUCCAUACUCCAAUGAAUGUAUCUCUGUUAUGAUGAAUGUUCCUGAUUGUACAGUCAGAUGUCUUUACAUAAUAUUUAUUCAUCAAUAUGCGGGAUGUAUAUGAAAAGAGUAAAACUAUUUUUCUUUCUUUGACGAUGUCUGUGAAUAAUAUGUCCUGUAUCUGUUGAUGAUUAAGUCUUGUAAAAGUAGUAAAAGUUAAAAAAGGAAAA